UAAUAUAGCCGGUCUUGUAUCAGUGAUUGUGUUUUAUCUGCUAAUUCUGGGAAUUGGUAUUUAUGCUGCCAGAAGAUCAGCUAAGUCAACAACUGCUGAUGUUUUAGUAGCCGGUAGAAACAUGGGAAAUAUAGUCUCCAUUUUUACUAUGACAGCAACUGUUGUGGGCGGUGCGUAUAUUAAUGGCACAGCAGAAAUUAUGGCCUCUAGUGGUAUAACAUGGACUCAAGCUCCUAUCGGCUAUUGUAUAGCAUUAUUUGUAGGUGGUAAUAUAUAUGCACCAAAAAUGAGAAGAUCCGGAUAUAUGACAAUAUUUGAUCCCUUCCAGAUUAAACUUGGUAAAAAAAUCGGAACAUUGAUGUGUUUACCACAGUUUAUGGGUGACUUAUUUUGGACAGCGGCCAUAUUAGCUGCUUUGGGUUCGACGGUAUCUAUUAUAUUAGAUAUGGAUGAAACUAUAUCUAUUAUAAGUUCAGCAUGUAUAGCUAUAUUCUAUACAUUACUGGGUGGAUUAUGGUCUGUAGCAUAUACUGAUGUUGUACAACUUAUAUGUAUCGCAAUUGGUCUUGUGGCUGCUGUGCCAUUUGCUAUGACGCAUGAAUCUGUAAAUUUUGAGAGAAUACAGGAUUCUUGGAGGGGAGAGGUAAAAACUUCACAGAUAGGUUUGUUUAUUGAUGUUUAUGGGUUACUCUUGUUGGGUGGCAUACCUUGGCAGGUGUAUUUUCAAAGAAUACUAGCUUGUAAAUCACCAGAAAGAGCUAGAUUAGCCUCAUCAGUCGCCAGUAUAGCCAUUUUUUUCUUUGCUGUUCCAGCUGUAAUGAUGGGUGCCACAGGCGCUGCUACAGACUGGAAUCAGACCGCUUAUAAUGGGACAACACCAAUACCACCAGAAAAGAUGAGUUAUAUCUUACCAUUAGUUUUACAAUAUCUCUGUCCUCUACCUGUUUCUAUUAUUGGUAUGGGCGCCAUUGCUGCCGCGGUCAUGUCGUCUGCCGACUCAAGUAUUUUAUCUACGUCAUCUGUGUUUGCUAAAAAUAUUUAUAUGGAAGUUAUAAGACCAAACGCAAGUGAAAAAGAGAUCAUUUGGGUUGUAAGGAUAGCGGUAGUAGUAGCAGGAACUUUGGGUACAUUCAUUGCUCUGAGUGCUGAAACAGUGUACGGAUUGUACAUCCUAUGUUCUGAUCUAAUGUACGUUAUCCUUUUCCCACAAUUCACCUGUGUUCUCUUCAUAGAAGUAACCAAUGGAUAUGGCUGCCUUGUUGGUUAUUUCUUAAGCGUUGUCCUUAGAAUACUGGGUGGAGAACCCCUCAUUGGUCUCCCGGUGCUACUAAAAUUCCCCUUCUUUUCUGAAGAAACUGGACAAAAUUUUCCAUUCCGCACGUUGACGAUGGCUUGCAGUUUUAUAACCAUUGUUCUGGUGUCCAAAUUAACCGAAAUGCUUUUCAAAGGUCGUUAUCUUCCUCGAGAAUGGGACGUGUUUGGGUGUUCUGAGCCAAGUUACAGAAAGAGGCUUCAGAAAUAUGAUGAGCAACACCAGCACGAACUGUAUAACUUGGGAUUAGCCAAGAACCGUGGACCAUCGAAAGGAAUUACAGAAACUCUUUUGCUGAAAGAAAGCGAGCCAACUACAGAAUUAACUGAUUAGUUUUACAUUUACACAUUAUAAACUUUUAACUUGACAAUAAAUGAAAUUAAUUUCAUAGAAAAUCAUAUACACAGAUCCAAGAACUGACCUACAUAGAUCGCGUUCACUUGAUUUGAUAAAUCCGUGUGUUAUUCAUUGCUUGUAAUGUCUGUGUAAUUUGUGAGUGAAACUGUUCGCAGGUUUUUCUCGUAAUGGGUUUUGUUUGCGUCUAGUGCGGUCCUUCUACAUUUACUAGAUUAAAGCGUUGUUCAUGGUUGUCUGCUGCACUUCUGAAUACAACUAGAAGCUAUGAAGCAUAAAACUCAGGCGUGAUCUUAAAACGUACAAAAUAUCGUACUGUAUCAAGAAUAUCGUUUUAAAGGAGUUAGAUCACUAUCCUUUGAUACCUAGAAACGGAUACAAAUGGGUCGCAACGCAUAUAAUAAUGUAAUAUGAAUGUAUAUAAACUGAUUUGUAUUCAGUCGUUUCUGUGUUGACUGUAAUUUCUAAUCAGCUAUAUGUCUUUGACGUCUGGUUAUUCCAGUGUAUACACAGGUAGUACUCUCCUACAUGGGAUAUGGUUAGCCUCGGUCUCGUUCAUCGAGUCACUUUAUACAACUGGAGGUCAAAAUUUUCAUUUUGUCUUAAAUAUUGGAUAUCAGAUGCUCAACUUUUCACGGUAAGGUAACAACAUCAAUGUUGAUUUAAAUUGAUCAAUAAGUCGUGCUUGCAAUGUCGAAUACCGUGGAUGGUAUUGAGUUAGAGACUUAGCUUAUUUAAAACAUAUACACACAAUUUGAUUAAAAUACAGAUCUAUAUUUCGUUUCGUUUUUUAUACUUCCGAUGGCCUACACUACAUGUAAAGACAAGUAAAACGAAAAUUUGAACUAUAACAAACGAAACGAAAUAGGAUCUGUGUUUUAAUCAGAUUGAUAUACACACGACCAUAAGUUUUAUUUAUUUAUUUUAAACAUUUAAAAUCAUAUGCUUAUUAAAUAAACUAAACGAUACUUACCAAGUAAGUUAAAGCUUUAUUAUGAUGUAUGAUUUAUUGGA